UGCGCCUUCAUGGUGUCAACAAACGUAGCUUUAUUGUUUAGUGAACAGUUUCCAAGAUGUCUGUUAACUAUGCGGCUGGCUUGUCUCCCUAUCCAGAUAAAGGACGAUGUGGGCUGCCCGAAAUCUUUGACACACCAGAAGAGCUGAAGCGUAAAACAGAGGAACUGGCUCAUAUGAUCCGUACUUCAAAAUAUGUGGUGUUCCAUACCGGAGCAGGAGUCAGCACUUCGUGUGGCAUUCCAGAUUUUAGGGGCCCAAAUGGCGUAUGGACUAUGGAGGAAAAGGGUCUUGACCCCAAAUUUGACACAACAUUUGAGAAUGCUGUGCCAUCUUCCACCCAUAUGGCUCUACUACAGUUACAAAGAGUUGGCAUGCUGAAGUUCCUUAUCAGCCAAAAUGUUGAUGGACUACAUGUGAGGUCUGGAUUCCCUAGGGAGCAGCUUGCAGAGCUCCAUGGAAACAUGUUUGUGGAAGAAUGUAGCAAAUGUGGCAAACAAUAUGUUCGGAACUAUGUUGUGGGCACUAUGGGAUUAAAACCAACAGGAAGACUUUGUGAUGUCCCCAAGGUCAGAGGUUUACGAGCCUGCAGAGGGAAGCUGGUAGACACAAUCCUGGAUUGGGAAGAUCAUUUACCUGAUCGUGAUCUUAACAUGGCUGAUGCAGCUUGCAGGGAAGCAGACCUCUCAAUCACACUUGGAACGUCCCUGCAGAUCAAACCCAGCGGGAACCUUCCCCUCCUCACCAAACGAAAUGGUGGGAAGUUGGUGAUUAUUAACCUUCAGCCAACAAAACAUGACCGGCAUGCUGACCUAUUGAUUCACGGAUAUGUUGAUGGGGUGAUGGAGCAACUCAUGCAGUUUUUGGAUUUGAAAAUACCUAUUUGGACGGAGCUUGCCACCAAGACAGAACCAUGCAAUGUAGCCUUAAAAACUGAAGUAAAAUUCCAUAAUGGAAUACAGAAUACACCCCAGAGCAGCGAAGACAAUGGAGAGGUUUGCAAGGAAGAAACCUCCCAUGAACAAAAGAGAAUAAAAAUGGAUCCAACAUGUGUAUGAAAUAGAAUUGUGUAACAGCAGCAUGUGUCCAUGAUGUCCAUGGUGUCAAUCGAUAUAUACAGAAGGCAAAAAAAAAACAAAAAACCUGAUGUUAAGCUGAUGUGAUAUACAAAUCCAAGUGCCUUUAUUAGUGAUGGUAGGCAUAAGGUAUCCCUUUUCAGCUAAAAUGGAUAUGUAUUCUAUCUUUGAUUUGAUCUAAUUACGUAGUUCAAAUCCUGGAUAUGCUUGAAGCUACUGUAUGUUUAAAGUAAUAACCACAUACAAUUGAGGCUGUGCAACUGGGUAAGGAAUCAAAAAGUGACAUCCCUUGUGUAUUUUAUAUAUAUUUUUGAGAACAUUUUAUCAAUGGAGGACACACAGAAUCAUGUUGCAGCUCUUAGGAAGUGGAUAUAUAUUGUUUUUUUUAUUUGUAUUACUUUGCUGAUAACAUUUAUUCAGAUAUUAAGCCACAAUAGGAUAGUUUUUGUAAUUUCUCAUCUCUGUAUAUGUUUGACACUAUUUAUGUAUCCUGUUUUUGUCACAGUUACCCGUUGUUGGUUUUGAUUCCUCUUUUGUAACCAUUUACAAAACAUUUUGAAACUGGUUGUACCUUUCUUCCCAUAUCAUGUCUUAAGGUAAACGGUAAACUUAUUCUGUAUGUAUUAUU